AUGUCCCCUCGUCCUCUCCUUAGCCGUUACGAAGGCCGUCUCUGCGUAGUGACCGCCUCCACUGCUGGAAUCGGCAAGGCUAUCGCAACCAGAAUGUUGCAAGAAGGUGGCAAAGUCAUCAUAUCAUCAAGAAAACAAGCCUCAGUGGACGCAGCUCUCGCCGAGUUGAAGCCGGAGUUUGGAGAGCGCGUGAAAGGAGUGGUAUGUAACGUUUCCAAGGCUGAAGACCGCGCCGCUCUACUCAACGCUGCAAUCACUUUCGGAGAUGGCAUGAUCGACGUUUUGGUUUCUAAUGCGGCUUCCAGCAUCACCGUCGGUCCAACCGAAAAUUGCAACGAUCAACAGUGGGAUAAAAUGUUCGAAAACAACGUGAAGUCGGCGUGGCUGUUGACGAAGGAGUUCAAGAAUCACAUGAGGAAAGGCACCAGUGCAGUUCUCUUCGUGACGAGCAUUGCUGCGUUUUCCCUAAUGCCGCCUCUUGCUGUUUACGGUGUCACCAAAACUGCUCUCACUGGACUGAUGAAAGCUCUAGCGCAAGAACUAGGUCCUGAAGGCGUUCGAGUCAACGCUCUCGCCCCUGGAGUUGUCAGAACAAAAUUCAGCGAGCUCCUAUGGAAGAACGAAAACGCCAAAAAUCUAUGGACAAAUCAGUCUAUGUUACAGCGCAUCGCAGAACCGGAGGAGAUGGCUGGCCCUGCGGCAUUCCUGUGCUCCUCAGACGCCUCCUAUGUUACUGGAGAGACUCUUCUCGCGUCCGGUGGAGUCAGUUCCCGGUUGUGAUUUUUUCAUAAGUUUCAUGUU